CUGGGGAAUCAUUUUCUAAAGAAAUUAGUGGUUAAAACAAAAAUUUCUAGAAAAGAAAGAGCUUUAGUAGAUUCCGAAUCAAUCUUAUUUCCCCGAGUAAAUUGGGGUAGAGCGGACAAAGAUGUUGAGGACUCGGUUGGUAUGGACGAGCAUUGGGUUUGCGGUCUCAGCCGCUGCAAUUUCCCAAUUCGUCUGGAAAGAUCUUCUUGUCGAUCGUCACACUUUUUCUUCCGAGAUGAAGCAGAAGUUUGAUGCUCUUGAACAAAGAGUUGCUAAUUUGCAGUCGGUUCCUUAUCAGAUUUCAAAUUCUAGUACUGAGGCUGAAGCCUAAAUCUAAUUUGGAGCUCAAAUGAAGUUUUGCCUGUUGAAUUCUAUAUCUUAGUUGAAGUCUUAAAAUGCUGGUUUUCGUUAUAGAGUAACUAGAGAGAAUAUAUCCUUAUUUCAUAAGGUGAAACCCUAGUAUUCACUUAUGAGGAAAUGAAAAAUUUUAAAAAAUGAAAUACAAAUAUGAACACAUGGAGUGGUUUUCUUUCUUACAAGUGAUGUCCUAAAGAAGUUCUUUGCUACCUUAUGUAAUUUUGAAAUCACUCUAGAAGUACUGCCUAGUUUGAUUCAAUAAUCAACAGGAAUUUUAGACCAUUUUUAUAUAAGUGGACAUUUGGAACAGUUGGUGACCCCAAUCCUUCUUUGGUGGAAUGAAAAAAAAAAUCCUUUCUGGCUGAAAACUACACUUGAGAAUAAAUAUAAUGACACUUGGAAUGAA